AUGGCCCUCCCCACUCCCUUAAUGCUGGAUCCAGCCAUGCUGGCGGAUUCCAGCCUGGUCCACCCCGAAGACGAUGAUGAUUCCGAAUAUGAAUACGAAUAUCAUCCCACCGAGACAGAAACUGUCUAUCUGACUCUCGAUCUCACCUCCCUCCAUGGUCCCAUCCGCCCCCCUCGACGCCGACAACCACAAGAUCCUUCCUCCCUCCCCACCUCCAGUCCAUCCACGCCUUCCCAUAGUCAAUAUCACGAUGACCAACCCGACGCCGCCCUCUCCAGCACCGAAGCUGAUCCCAACAACCCCUCCAUCGCCGACCGUGUCCAAAUCCUAGGCCUUCACACCCCCAACCCCAUCAUCUCCUAUCAGAAUCAAAUCUUCAGCGGCACCUGGGCCGACCAAAUCGGUACCGAGUUACUCAUCGCCCGUCCCGAGGACACAUCCUCCUCACCACCGCACGAUGCAGACCCUUCCUCCUUCACUAGUAGUAGUAAUCCAGUCCCUCCGCUCCGCCACACGCCAAACUACGACCUCCUCGCAGCCAACAGCGUGAAAAUCCUCGGUCGCAAAGCGAACCUCAUAUCCAGCUCAUCCUCCAACGUCUACGCUGCGGAUUCUGCCGCUGCAGAACAACCCAGUGAAACCCCCACCACUGGUGUAAUCCGUAAAAGCGCCCCGCAAACCAAUCAAGCACGAUUUUUAGACCGCCUCGCCAGCCUCAAACGCAGCAAAGGCGAGACCGAUGCUGUGCGAACAACAUUUAGCACAAAGCGGAUGACGAAUCUGGAGGAUCGGCUACGUGGUUGGGCUCGUACCGAUGAACAGCUGGCGCAGAUUCAACGGUUGAACGAGCUGGCCUUAUCCGGGGAUGCGAACGCCAUGGCGGAGCUGGAGGGACUUUAUUCGCGGUUGGGCGGACAAGAUGAUGAGGAAGAGUUGGAUGAGAAUGAGGAUGAGCUGGGACAAUAG